UUGACGUAGCACGCAGCCGGUAGUGUGAACGCGCGCGCCCUCGCUCCUUCCUCUUUCUCGACUCCAUCUUCGCCGUAGUGGCAGUCGGGGCCGCGGCUCAGUCGCCACCAUGCAGCUCUUCGUCCGCGCCCAGAAACUGCACACCCUCGAGGUGACCGGCCGGGAGACGGUAGCCCAGAUCAAGGCUCAGGUGGCCGCGCUGGAGGGUAUCGCCCCAGAAGAUCAGGUUGUGCUCCUGGAGGGCUCGCCGCUGGAGGAUGAGGCCACCCUGGGCCAGUGUGGGGUGGAGGCCCUGGCCACUCUGGAAGUAGCCGGCCGCAUGCUCGGAGGUAAAGUCCAUGGUUCCCUUGCUCGUGCUGGGAAAGUGAGAGGUCAGACUCCUAAGGUGGCCAAACAAGAGAAGAAGAAGAAGAAGACGGGCCGGGCCAAGCGGAGAAUGCAGUACAACCGGCGUUUUGUCAAUGUUGUGCCUACCUUUGGCAAGAAGAAGGGCCCCAAUGCCAACUCCUAAGUCCUUAGUGAUCCUGACUUUCUCCAAUAAAGCAAUUUAGCCCGGUCA